AUGCUGGCUGUGGAUGAACUCAAUGCGCUGGCCCGGGAGCACGUGCCGCACGCCAGAGAGGUGUUCACGGAUGAAUUUCUGAAAGACUGGGCGACGAACGCGGACAGGCUGAUAGCAGAGUACCGGACGCUCGCGAAGGCAUCGGAGCAGGUGGACUUUGUGUACAGGGUGUUUGCGGAGGGGCUGCUGUUUACGCAGGGGGCGCUGCGCGGGCUGGUGGGGGACUACGGGCCAUUGGCGAGCCUGCUGGCUGCGCUGUGCGAGAACAGCUCGGCCAAUGCGCGGAUACUAGCGAACCUGAUCAACUGCUUUCCGCGCCACGGGGGAGACGAGGCGAACAUGGUGGAGCUGCUGCAGCAGCUGACGGGGAUGGACUUUGAGUUUUCGGCCAGCCUGGUGGAAAAGCUGCUACUGCAUCGGUGGGCGAAGGAGCAGACGUCGCUGUACAAGCGCAGCUUGAUCUCCGAGAAGUACCACCUCAAGAAGUACAAUCUGCUGUUUGAGAGCCCUCUGGGCUUUUCGCAGAUAUGUAUGCUGCUGCAUGUGGCGUACGCGGACAAGGACCGCUUCCAGAGCGCGGAUUACUACUGGCGACAGAUCCAGUUUGUCGCGGGCAAAUACACGCUGGACCCGAUCCGCGUGCUGGACGUCAUUCUGCGCGUGUCCUCCGUCCAUGUGCACCACCACCACGAGUUCUUGGUGCUGCUGCUGCAGCGCUCCGACUACUGGCCAUUGCAGCGGUCGGACCCGUUUGCGUGGGAGACACUGAACGUCGGGGGCAGCGCGGUUGCCGCGCAGCUGAUUGCGCAUAAGCUGAAGAACGAGAAGUUUGACCAUCGGUACAUGGACAUGGUGUGCGUGCUUAUCCGCGAGGGCUUUGUCUCGUAUCUCUCGAUAUUCGACUCCCUGGGCCCCGAUGACGAGACGCUGGCCAAGUACGUCGACGAAUACUACGCUGACCUGUGCAAACAGUCGCAGGAGGGAAGCUUGAACCCGCUGGCAAUGGCCGCUGCUUUGCCAGACGAGGACGAUGGCCCGCCAGGUGCCACAGACAGUAAGGGCGAAGACAAAGCGGCCCAGGCAGCGCUCUCAGAGCAGAAAGAAAGGGACGAGCAAAAGCAGGAGCGCGAACGGAAGAAUAGGCAGUACAAGGUGAAGCGCACGGGGAAGUGGCGACUAGUAACCAGCUGUCUGAAUCACGGCCUGUUGAUUCCCGCGCUGUACUCCAUAAGGACCAACGAGAAAACGGCUCUGUCGAUAGAUAUCCUCGUUGAGUCCGUUUUACGUCUCUUUGAGCACAUGAUUAGACCUUUGCAUGAGAAGGCUAUCAACGCUCCUUCAUAUCAACCUACCCCCAGGGUGAAAAUGAAAAUGACUCAUAGCGGGCUACCCAGCAAGCAGGGCCGCUUAAUCUAUGAAUGUCUUUCUCCUAAUGUCAAGGAAAAAUAUUUACUGAACACAAGAUAUGUUUUCUACUACAGUUGCUGGGCAGACAGGCUGCCGGUUAUUGGGGAUGUGGAUGGUUUGUUCUACCACUCGCACGAAAUUUUGGGCCUUGUUGGCUCCAAGCUGUCUGCUUCGCCGACUUUAAUCAGUAUGUUGAGUUCAAUUGGUGUCCAUGACAUUCUAAGCUCUGAGAAUUCCGAGCUGGUCACCGAAAAGUGGAUUAAUUAUUUCAGGAAAUUCAUCUUUCCUGCGCUGGGUGGACUGGAAGAGGACUUCAUCGCUAAUAUCAACGCUUAUAAUUUGCUCAAGCUCUUCCCCUUUGAAAAGCGAUACUUUUUAUACCACGAAAUGUACAGCAAGAUAUCCGAUUCUGACAUAUUCGUGCGCCUAACUUUCAAUAAGGUACAGCGGAAAGUUCGCGGGCUCCUGAAAUCAUUAAGUAUAGAUCAUAUCGAUGACAAAGUCAAUGAAGUGUCCAGGCUGGUCUCUAGUAAUCCUCUAGCUGCACUAGAACCAAUUGUCAAUCAGAUCGAGAAUUACGACAAGGUCUCCGAACUGGUCGUAAUAGCAGCGAAGGGUUUCCCAGAUUUUGCAUACGACGUACUUCAAUACGUAUUACUGUUGAAGUUGACUUCAGGAAGGGAUAUCUUGCAAAUUGACGGUAUCAACCAGCACACGUGGAUCCAGCGCUUAUCCGUUUUCAUUGCAGGGUUGGCGAACUCGUGCCCAAAAAUGGAUCUAACUAAUAUUCUCAUCUUCACAGUGAAGAAUCUGCACAAAGAUUACAACGCCUCUCUUCCUGUCCUGAAGGAACUUGUAUCCAAGGUCGGGGGUAUUCAGAGCCUAAAUCAUAUCAGUUGGAAACAACUUCAAAUGCUCAAUUCUGGGCCGUCUUUGCAGAAAACGGCGAGGUCUCGCAUCCUAGAUACUAGGCAAGAGAAUUUCGAAGCUGCAAGGUCAAUAACACAGACUUUCAUCAAAAUUGGCGCUAUCUCUGAGCUGCUGGUGAUGUUGUGCAAUUUAAAUGUCGUUUCCCAGUCCCCAGACAUACAUUAUAAAAUCCUCUCCACCAAGUGCGACGAUUCGAAUUCUCUACUCUGGACCUUGAUUGAGAUGUUCAAAUUCACACUGACCCGCGAAGAAUUUCUUCACAACGUUUUGCCAUUUGAUGAGCUAGUUAACGACUAUAAUGUGCCAACGGAAUGGAGUUUUUUUAUCUGGAGAGAUUAUAUCGAUGAGAUGAGACAUGAAGGCGAUUCUUCGAUAAAGCAAAUAGACUAUAUUCUUGAAAAGACCGAAUUCAGGCAUGUUAGUUUUGAGCACCUUGACAAGCCAUUGUUUACAAGCUUUUGGAAACUCACCCUGUAUGAUGUGAACUUUAACAAGGAGUUAUAUGAUGAGACAACGAAGGCCUUGAACACCAAAUUGGAUAGAACUAAGCUUCAGCGUGAUAAAAACGCCAUUUUAAAUGAAGUACAAGAGGUGAUGUCCAACUGCCUUGCACAUCAAAAGGCUUUCAAGAAUGUUCAAGAAAUGUUCCAGGAUAAAAGAAGUGUUUGGUUCCCUGAACUAACCCCGGAAAGGGUUCAGGCUUAUAUCCAGUUCUGCAUCCUCCCCAGGACUCUGUUCUCUUCCUCAGAUGCCACUUAUAGUGCACUGUUUACCAUUGCGCUGUUGGGCGUGCAUGACUCGAUUGCUGUCUUUGAAAAAAUGGUAGAAUCGCACGUUCUCGGUGGUUUGUUGUUUUCUUGCACUGUUUCUGAAUCAACAAACGUUGGUUUCUUCUAUGGGAUGAUUAUCAGGACUUUUGAACAAGCUAGGUCUGAAGAGGCCUUUGACAACAGCAAGCUCUCACGGCUCCACCAUUUGUACUCAGUUCUUCUUUACGACUUGAGACUACUACUGUCUGAGACCAAUUAUAUGUCCAUCAGGAACACCAUCGAAUUCCUGAACCAAAUAUCUCCGAUUUUCCCAGUGGUUGAUGAACAGAUCCGUGAAGCUUGCAGAUCAUUGGAAUCUAAGCUUUCAGAUGAAACACGGGAAGAUAUCAAGCUACCAUGCAAUGCCCUGAUUGGGCAUCUGAAAAGUCGGAUGAAAACAGCAUGUAAGAAACAGGACUUUUAUGAACUUCCGAAGGAGGAACAGAUUGAAAUUGACAACUUCGAGAAGGAACAAGCAAAAAUAAAUGAAUACGAAGUAGCAGUAGCGAAGGAAACAGAAAGGAAGAAGCUAGAAGAAGUGAAGCCGCGUAAGGAAGCAGCAAAGGCGGUAUCGAGCACAAGCGAAAAAAAAGGUACGAGCUAUAGCAGCAGCUCAGACAGUAAGGAAUAUGAAAAGAGCCAAACUUCGGAAGAUGUGCGCCCUAUAUCAUAUCAAGGAACCCAAAUCCUUGAGAAUAUAGAUAGCAUUUGCAAACUGUUGAACUCAGAAGGAGUGGACGAUCUUCCUCAAUAUAUUCGUGUCUUAUACUUCAAGGAUGAAAUGAGGAAGGAACUAAGUAACUACAAGGGAAACUUGGACGUCUUUCGCAAGAAGCUUGCUGCAAUUCUCACUGAUUAUUUCUAUAGCAUGGUGAAAUGGCCGAACAGCAAUCCGCUGUUUGCUCAGAAGGCUGCCGAGCUCGAAGCGUCCUGUAUGCAAUGCGGACCACCGACUUCGAAAGCCACAAAGAUGAAGGUAAUGGCAGAUGAUUUAUAUGGUGACGAUAUCCCUUUCAACACCUCGAAUACCAAAACUGCAAAGCCGCAACGCGAGAGCAGGUUUUCAGAUGUCAAGGUACCCGCAGCCGCUGCCUCCGAGGCGAAACCUGCGGAUAGUAAACCGCAAUUGGACCGCUUUAAUAAGAAUUCCGUGAAGGAAAAUCCUAGAGCCCAGUCGAGAUUUAAGGAAAGCGCUCCGAAGCAGCCCUCGCCAGCACCUAAGAAGGAUGAGAAGCCCUCUGGAUCCCGGUUUCACAACUCGAAACCUGCGGCGCCAAAAAUACCUCCUCCAAAACCAGAACCAAAAUCUGUUAACCUUCGGGACAGAGUUGGUUCCCGUUUCGAAGGUAGACAGGAUCCAGCCAGUCGCUUUUCCGGGGCUCAUUCCGAGAGCACGAGGUAUCCGCAAUCUUCCGCCCGUCAACUUGAGCCAAGCCCUGAGAGCAGAUUCCGUAACGUCGCCAAAGAUUCACCGCGUAAACGGCCUACAACUGACUACCGCUACAAUGUAGACACUAAACGCCCGCGGAAGGAAGAUGAGCACAGGCGCAAACCCAACAGUGAUCGCCGUCCUGAUGCACAGCCAGUCCUUCCCACAGGUCCGAAAGGCAGUGGUACAUUCAGUAGAUUUAGAUAG